GGCGACCACCUGACGACGCCUACUAUUUCCGCGUCGCGUCGUCGGCCCGUCUCCGUCUCCGUCUCCCUCCCCCCGCAUCCCCGGGCGGAGGAGGCCACCCCACCGCCACCCGCUCCCUUUCCCCCCCUUCUUCCCUCCCUCCCUCCCUUCCCCCACCUUUUCCGCUCCCCCAAUUAACCUCAAGCUCACCCGCGGAGGCGGAGGCGGAGCCGGAGGAGGAGGAGGGAAGGGCCGGUGGCAUAAGGCAGCAGCGAUUCUCGCCGCCGCCGCCGCCCGCCGCCGCACUCCCACGAUGGACCGCCCGCCCGCGCCAGCGCCAGCGGUGGCGCUGCUCCUCGUCGUCGUCGUCGUCGCGGCGGCGGUAAUGCUGGCGGCGGUGGAGGGAGCGGGGGCGGAAGCAACAGGGGUGUUCCACGUGCGCCGCAGCCUCCCCGCCGGUGGUGCGGGGGCGGCGGCGGAGGCGUACCGAGCGCACGACGGGAGCCGCAGGGGGAGGCUCCUCGCUGCCGCCGACAUCCCCCUCGGCGGCCUCGGCCUCCCCACCGACACCGGGCUGUACUACACGGAGAUCGGGAUCGGGACGCCGACCAAGCGGUACUACGUGCAGGUGGACACCGGCAGCGACAUCCUCUGGGUGAACUGCAUCUCCUGCGAUCGAUGCCCACGCAAGAGCGGCCUCGGGCUAGAGCUGACGCUGUAUGACCCCAAGGACUCGUCUACUGGGAGCAAGGUUUCGUGCGAUCAGGGGUUCUGCGCCGCCACCUACGGGGGCUUGCUGCCCGGGUGCACCACCAGCUUGCCCUGUGAGUACAGCGUCACGUAUGGUGACGGUAGCUCCACCACAGGGUACUUCGUGUCCGACCUCCUGCAGUUUGAUCAGGUGUCCGGGGAUGGGCAGACACGACCCGCCAACUCCACCGUCACAUUUGGGUGUGGUUCUCAGCAAGGUGGGGAUUUAGGCAGUUCAAACCAAGCCCUUGAUGGAAUUAUAGGGUUCGGUCAAUCAAAUACGUCAAUGCUAUCACAGUUAUCUGCUGCAGGGAAGGUGAAGAAGAUAUUUGCUCAUUGUUUGGAUACUAUAAACGGCGGUGGAAUUUUCGCUAUUGGAAAUGUGGUGCAACCAAAAGUCAAAACAACACCAUUGGUGCCCAAUAUGCCACACUACAAUGUAAACCUCAAGUCAAUUGAUGUUGGUGGUACUGCACUAAAGCUUCCGUCACAUAUGUUUGAUACAGGCGAAAAGAAGGGUACCAUAAUUGAUAGUGGUACGACCUUAACAUACCUUCCGGAGAUAGUUUACAAGGAAAUAAUGCUUGCGGUAUUUGCCAAGCAUAAGGAUAUAACCUUCCAUAAUGUUCAAGAAUUCCUGUGUUUCCAGUAUGUUGGGAGAGUGGAUGAUGACUUUCCAAAGAUCACUUUCCAUUUUGAGAAUGAUCUUCCUUUGAAUGUGUAUCCACACGAUUACUUCUUCGAAAAUGGGGAUAACUUAUAUUGUGUUGGAUUCCAAAAUGGUGGAUUACAAUCAAAGGAUGGGAAGGGUAUGGUGCUUUUGGGAGAUCUGGUCCUUUCAAAUAAGUUAGUUGUCUAUGACCUGGAAAAUCAAGUCAUUGGCUGGACUGAGUACAACUGUUCCUCUAGCAUUAAAAUUAAGGAUGAACAGACAGGGGCAACAUACACUGUUGACGCUCACAACAUCUCCUCAGGAUGGAGGUUUCAUUGGCAGAAGCAUUUGGCUGUGUUGCUGGUAACAAUGGUGUACAGCUAUCUAAUAUUCUAACUCCGGUGUAUGACACGGACUCUAGUGGAAAUUCAUUUGAUUUAAAUUCUUUUCACCAAAGAGGGAAAAAGGGUAGGGGUGUUUAGAUGGUGUUCUCUGACCACUCGAGAGAACUGAAAAGGAAACAUUGUACGCUACACAAUGUACCCGAGUGUGUAGUGUAAUGUAAUGUAAUGAUGUGGUGACUGGUGAGAAAAUACUAUGGCUGAAUGUGCUUUUGGGAGGUUCUAGGAAUGAUAUCAGGCCCCCAUCUUUUGAAUAUA